GCGCCAAAGUUUGACUUAUUUUUUAAAAUGGUUUCGAAAUUGACAUUUACUCUAGCUGCAUUCUGCCUAGUUUGCGUUUUAGUUGAAAGUUCUUUUAUAAAACCUAAUAACGUACCGAGAGUAGGAAGAAGUAACGAAGCUGAUGGCCCAUUUGAUCAAAGUAUGAUGGGUUACGUUAUUAAAACUAUUCCAAGUAAAAAUAUACCGCGAAUGGGUCGUAGAAAUUAUGAUUCGGCGAAUCGUUUUGAUAUUCCAAAACUGUAUCAAGUACCAUCUGACAACUCAGAAUUUUAUGGAGAUGAAAAUAUUUCUAAGAUGACUGCAGAACAAGAAGAUUAUUAUGGAAAUCAUUGA